CGUCACUUCCUUGCCCAUCCCAAAAGGAAAAAAGAAUAUUGGAGAGAACACGACGCUAGAAAAGUCAGCAAAAGAACGAAAGUGAAGGCAAUAAAAGAAACUUUGGGUUAAAAGAGAAACAAACAGGUACAAGCCCAUUGACGAGCACGCGCGGAUAAAACUUUACUGGACAGGACAACCAUUCCUGGACAAAAAGGAAGGUCUUCUUUUUAGGAUUAGCACUGUUGCUGCCAUGCCUCUCCACAAAUCAUCUCGAACCCCCCGCCUGGACCCUACAAUGAUCUCCGCCCCACUGGGUGAUUUCCGUCACACCAUGCACAUUGGUCGUGGUGGAGACGCUUUUGGUGACACCUCUUUCCUUUCCAGCCAUGGCCCUUCUAAUCCUAAUCCAAGCUCUGUUUCAGCAGUCGCUUCACCCACAGUAGAGACCACAGAUAUUCAGAUGAACAAUGAUGUUAAAAGUGGAUAUGCAGAAGAGAGCUAUUCAAAUGAGCUGCGUCAUGCAGAUUCAGUUUCCUCCUUUGAUCUUGACCUGGAUUUAGGGCCAUCUUUUUUAGGAGAUGUACUGGGGGUGAUGGAUGGACUCGCAGUGGGUUCUGAUUGGACGGGGAGCAAAGACAAUGAAGAGGUGUUUAGUCCCAACAAGAGUACAAUGGAUGUGAGUAUCUCACCAAGGAACGCUGCAAACGAGUUGAAUGAGAGGAAGGUAAUGGAAAGUAUGACCAAAGAGGUGAGCCAAAGAGAUGAGCAACAAAAUGAGAUGAAUGGAGUCAAAUCAAAGGGGCUCAGGCCCAAAGUGCGGUUCAGUGAUAAACGAGACGAGAUCAUUGGUCGACAGGAUGUAAUUGAAGGGCUAGGUGUUGAAGGAGAAGAAGAAAUGCUCUUGAGGCCAAACAAAGGGAUGCAGGAGGUCAGCGAGAGAAUGGGUGACCCAAACAAAAACCCAGGACAACUGGAGAUGAGUAAUCAGGGGGUGGACAACACUUCCAGUCCCUCGUCAUCAGUUAGCUCAGAAUAUGACGAAAUCUCACCGUUGGACAGGAGGAGAGAAGACCAACAUUUUCCAGAAACAGAUUCAGAAGAGGAGAAUGCCAACGGAGGACAAGGAUACACUUUUGAGGAUGAGUUUGAUGAUGAGAUUGGCCUAUAAGGCGACAUCGUGUGAGACUUGCGGACCAAAGAGAAAUAGGAUCAUUGGUAUCAUGGGACAUGUGGCAUUAUGGAUGGGUCAUAGCAUAUGAACAAUUCUCAAAAAAAGAGAGUUGAUGAAAUCUGCAUGAGAUGAUAACUGGACUGGAUGGAAUUUUUAUUUUCCAGACUUUCAAAGUUUAUGAUUUACAAUGGUAGCUUUUAUGGAUGAACGGACAUGUGUCAGUUUUUAAAGGCUUCAAUUGAUCAAUAUGUCUAAAUCCUAGCUUGGUAAUAAGACACUUUACCCUUUACACAUAACUGGACAUAGCUUUAAUCUCAGCAGAGAAUAAGUGCCUGCAGUUAAGCACCCCAUGAAAUCACUUGACGAGCACACUUGUGUAUAUUUCUGUGUUGUAAAACAAAAAGUUGGGGCUUUCCACUUUAUAAAUAACCAAAAACCUUCAGUUUACACUAUAGGCAUGAUUCAUGAUUUGCCACUUGCCAAAUCUUGGUUAUUAACAUUUUUUUUAUCAAUUUUACACCAUAUGUAUGAUGCUUUAAAUUUGUAUACUUUUAAAUCCAAAGUUAUAAAUUAUUUUAUAUAUUAUGUCUAUACAGUGCCUUACACAAAGCUGUUUUCCCCUAUAGGUUUUGUAUUUGUAUUAUGUACCUUGCAGUGAUAAAACAUUGAGUGCAGGUGUAUGGUUGCUUAUGCAUUAGCAAACGCUGGAUUUAUCUCUUGGGAGUUUUGAUGAAAACUUUUUCAUAUUUGUGGAGGGCAAUUACCUUAUUGGUUUGAAUACAGUUAACACUACAAAAAUGGUAAGCUGAAUAAGUCAACAAAAUUAAACUGUGAAUAAAAAACAACUAGCAUAUCUGGUUGGUUUAUUUAACACUAGCUCACAAACCAAAUGCAUUUUUUAAAGAUUAUAGAACUAAAGACAAUCAGUUCCGUUUAAAAUGCCCUAUAAAAGAGAUCUGAACAUACAAGUUUGUAUAAUAUAAAAUAAUAUACAAAUAUAAAAUAAAAUUUUCAUUAAACAAUA